AUGGCUGAGAGUUCCCAAUCUCAGUCAGAGCAAUCAGUGUCAGGACAGAACAAACCGAGUCUCGACACACCACCAUGCCGAAAGCGACUCCAACACGAUGCAUAUACCAUCGGAUGGGUGUGCGCCCUUCCAAAAGAACAAACCGCAGCCAGAGCCAUGCUAGAUGAAGAGCACGAAUCUCUCCCGAUCCCUCGAAAUGAUCAUAACGCAUAUACUCUUGGCUCAAUACGCGGCCACAACGUCGUCAUAGCCUGCCUGCCCAACAUGGGAACCAACCCUGCCGCAACCGUCGCGACCUCUAUGAUAAACACGUUCCAAUCAAUCAGGUUCGGGCUUAUGGUAGGGAUUGGCGGCGGAAUUCCGUCAAAGGUCAAUCUGGGUGAUGUGGUGGUCAGUCAACCUGUUGCUGACUAUCACGGGGUGAUACAAUGGGAUAUGGGGAAGCUGGAACGGGAUGGGCGGUUUGUUCACACGGGCUCGCUAAACCGACCCCCGAACGCGCUACUUAACGCGUCGAACCAGCUGAAAAGUAAUCAUGAGAUGUACGGAUCACAGAUAAAUGAGUACCUGGAUGAUGUGGAAAGGAAAUUCCCACGGCUAGCGCCAAAAUAUACGAGGUGUGAGCGUUUGCAAGACCCAUUAUUGGUAUCCGAGAGGUUCCGGACUCCGAGGGAAGUCUAUUUCCUGUCUUGGUUGUGGCAGGCGAUCAUCGCAAUUAUCGCAUAUUUUCUUGGUUCAUGGGCUAUUAAUCCGGUAAAUGAGGAGAAUGUACGGGUAUCAGAGAAGGCAGAGGGUGCAAGGGCCCCAAGAGAAGUCAGGGUACACUAUGGCCUGAUCGCAUCCGGGAACAAAGUGAUUAAGGAUGCCCAAUCCCGAGACCUCCUUGACAAAAAAUACGGCGGGCACUUACUAUGCGUGGAGAUGGAGGCAGCUGGGCUCAUGAAUGACUUCCCAUGUAUUGUUAUCCGAGGCAUUUGUGACUAUGCGGACUUGGGAAAAGAGAAAACCUGGCAAGAAUAUGCUGCAGCCAUGGCCGCUGCGUACGCAAAGGAACUUUUGGGAUGUGUUCAGCCUAGUGUUGUUAAUGCCGAGGAUCCAGCAAAGGCUAUAUUGGAAAAGGUGCAACUGCAGAUCGAUAGCAUGCAGCAGACAACAGCUGCAACAAGAAAUACUGCAGAUUCUAUCAGAUCUGACCUUCAUACCAAUGAGAUCAAGCGCUGGCUUUGUCCCCCGGAUCCAUCUUCAAACGCCAGCCAUGCUAGGACGCUCCGCCAUGAGGGGACUGGCGCGUGGCUGCUCGAAUCCCCCGUCUUCCAAGAGUGGCACUCGGGGUCACGUCGACAGUUAUGGCUGCACGGGCUCGCGGGGUGUGGAAAGUCGGUUCUUAGUACCACUGUGCUUGAUCAUCUCGCAAACGGAAACGACGAUCUUAUCCUUAGCUUCUUCUUUGACUUUAACGACGUCGCAAAACAGACAUUGGAAGGCAUGCUGCGCUCGCUUGCUUUCCAGCUUUACCGCCGUGGGGUGGACUCCGCAAACCAUCUCGAUGCUUUGUUCCAGGCGCACCGAAAUGGCAGCGACCAACCUACGACAAAGGUGCUUUGGAGUGUUGUUUCCAAGAUGCUCGUAGCCCAGAGGAAGGUCUCUAUUGUUCUGGACGCAUUGGAUGAAUCGAAAACAAGGGACGCUGUGCUCGGGUGGAUUAAGGAUAUGGUGUCGAGGCUAGAGUUGGUCCAUGUUCAGCUGCUUCUCACCGGUCGACCUGAAUCCGAGUUUUUGCGCGACAUUCCCCUCUUAAUAGGAGAGCAAAACAUCCUAGCACUUGAUAAGCAAGCCAUCAACUCCGAUAUUCGAUCGUGGGUCAUAGCACAACUUUCUCAACGGCGUGAUUUUACAGAGAAGCCCUUGUCCCAGAACCUUUUGGAAGAGAUCCGGAAAAAGGUUGGUGACGGCGCCGACGGGAUGUUUAGGUGGGCGUUCUGUCAGCUAGACAGCCUGGCUCGAUGUCGUCACGAGGCAGCUAUGGAGGAGGCUCUUGAAUCUUUACCGCUGAAUCUCAAUGAGACAUACGAGCGUAUAUUUGAAAGUAUACCAUCGGAGUUAAAAAUUGACGCGAUACGGCUUCUCCAAUUCCUAGUGCAUUCCAAGCGACCUCUAACGCUGGCUGAGGUUAAAGAAGUAAUAGCGACGCAGAUUGAAGACGAGUCACGAGGGUUUGACAUAAAGCGUCGAUUGUUUUGCGAGACUGAUAUCUUAGCUUACUGUCCCAGCUUAGUGACAGUCAUCUAUACCAAUGAUAAAGAGUUGCAUCUUGCCCAUUUUUCUGUGGAAGAGUACCUUCUCAGACAUGACCAAUUCCAGAUUACGACUGCCAGCAUUUCCAUCACGAGGACGUGCUUGAUAUAUCUGACAGACAUCAACGGUAGCGAAAGAGAGAUGACGCGGCAUUUUCCGAUGGCAAGAUAUGCGGCCGAACAUUGGACAUACCAUGCUACGUUAACACUGGCCUACGAGGAGAUUACCCAAAGAAUAGUCAGCUUUCUAGAAACGGAAGAGACAUUUCAAAGAUGGGCUCGUUUGCAUCAGGCUGAUAGGAGUUGGGACGAUAGCCCUGGAGCUCCGCUCGGCUCUAGGCUCUACUAUGCUUGCUUCAAUGGACUUAGUGUGCCUGCACGCGAUCUUAUUGACAAGGGAGCAGAUGUCAACGCGCAGGGCGGCUACUAUGGCAACGCUCUUCAGGCUGCCUCACAGCGAGGCUAUCAAGAGAUUGUCAACCUGCUUUUGAACAAGGGAGCAGAUGUCAACGCGCAGGGCGGCAGGUAUGGCAACGCUCUCCAGGCUGCCUCAGGGGGUGGCCAUCAAGAGAUUGUCAACCUGCUUUUGAACAAGGGAGCAGAUGUCAACGCGCAGGGCGGCAGGUAUGGCAACGCUCUCCAGGCUGCCUCACAGCGAGGCCAUCACGGCAUUGUCAAUAUGCUUCAAAGAAGAGGCGCUAUCACAUUGCCUUCACCGUAG